AUGCUUCAUAGAGUCGGGGAGAGACGAGAGAGUAGUGUUGAUAAGGAGAGUGAAGGCUCUAUUCGAGUGAAAGAUAUUGAUCAAAAGGUUUGUUUCGAAGGUUUGCCGCAAGUAUGCUAUACAUGUGGUCGUAUGGGAUAUAAUGGUUUAUUUUGUUCUACUCGAAAAGCUGAAUAUCCGGAUAAUAUUGAGAGGGAGACGAUGGCAACUAGUGUUGUUCAGAAGGCUGCCGAUGGUCUAAGUAAUGACUGCAAAGAGAGCUCAGAAAUUUUUGGUCCAUGGCUGCAUGCUCCGGCGUUAUCAAGCGAGAUUUCUAGGGAAUUUUCAGUUCCUGCUAUCCAAGGAUUUGAUGCUUUUGUUUCUCUCAGCAGGCUUGUUUUACAAGCGAAGUCCGAAGCUUUUCCAAGAAGGCAAAGUGACUCCAUGGAAGGCCUAAAACAAAAAGGCCGAAGCUCCAAUUCAAUCCAGCCUGCAGCCCAACCCACUUCCAAGCCAGCAGCCCAGACACUAGCCAACUCGCAGCCAGCCAGUAGCCCAGACAGCCGUCCAAGCCCAGCGAGAAAUCGUUCUGCUUCUCGCAAACAGAAUAUUGGAAGAAAAGGAAGACAAAGAGUAGUGUGCAUUGUUGACAGCAAUCUUCCGUCCCAGGUUCAGCUUGAUGCAGACAUGGACAGUGACUCCAAUUCUGAUGAUGAAAAGAAGGUAGUUGUGGAGGAUAAAGCGGGGAAUCCAUUUAUUUUCACUCAGCUUUUCGGCGAUAAAGCAAUGACAGUUCCGCUUGAUAUUGGGCUCAAAGCAAGGAAAACAGUUGCAGUAUAUGCCAGUCUACGCAUGCAAGCUCGUAGAAUUCUCUGGGGUGACUUUAAUGCUAUGUUGAAUGAGGAUGAGAAGAUUGGUGAUUUCCAAAUUAACUUGGAAGAGGGGCAUGGUGCAGGAGAUGGUGGCUUUCCCAAGGCUGUUGAUGAUUUUGCCAAAGUUGCUAAUUCAUGGAACCAAUAG